GGCCGGGGCCGGGGCCGGUGGAGGCUGCUCGGGCCAUGGCGGGGGGCGGCGGCGGCGGGGGGGCGACCGGCGUCGGGGGGCUGGUGGCCGUGCUGCUGGCGGGGCUGCUCGGCGGGGCGCGGGGUUUCGGCGACGAAGAGGAGCGUCGCUGCGACGCCAUCCGCAUCGCCAUGUGCCAGAACCUGGGCUACAAUGUCACCAAGAUGCCCAACCUGGUGGGACACGAGCUGCAGGCGGACGCGGAGCUGCAGCUCACCACCUUCACCCCCCUCAUCCAGUACGGCUGCUCCAGCCAGCUCCAGUUCUUCCUUUGUUCGGUCUAUGUCCCGAUGUGCACGGAGAAGAUUAACAUCCCCAUAGGUCCCUGCGGUGGCAUGUGCCUCUCCGUCAAAAGAAGAUGUGAACCCGUUCUGAAAGAAUUCGGGUUUGCCUGGCCGGACAGCCUAAACUGCAGCAAAUUCCCACCCCAGAAUGAUCACAACCACAUGUGCAUGGAGGGCCCGGGAGACGAAGAGGUUCCCCUUCAUAGCAAGACCUCCUUGCAGCCCGGAGAAGAGUGCCACAGCAUGGGAUCUAACUCGGAGCAGUACAUCUGGGUGAAGAGAAGCUUGAACUGUGUCCUGAAGUGCGGCUACGACGCUGGUCUCUACAGCAGGUCGGCUAAGGAAUUCACGGAUAUCUGGAUGGCCGUGUGGGCCAGUCUGUGCUUCAUCUCAACUGCCUUCACGGUCCUGACCUUCCUGAUUGAUUCAUCCAGAUUUUCCUACCCGGAGCGCCCAAUCAUAUUUUUGAGCAUGUGCUACAAUAUUUAUAGCAUUGCUUAUAUUGUGAGGCUAACUGUGGGCCGGGAAAGGAUAUCCUGUGAUUUUGAAGAGGCAGCAGAACCUGUUCUUAUCCAAGAAGGUCUUAAGAACACAGGAUGUGCUAUAAUUUUCUUGCUGAUGUAUUUUUUCGGGAUGGCUAGCUCCAUCUGGUGGGUUAUUCUCACAUUGACGUGGUUUCUGGCUGCAGGACUCAAGUGGGGCCAUGAAGCUAUAGAAAUGCACAGCUCUUAUUUCCACAUUGCAGCCUGGGCUAUCCCCGCCGUGAAGACCAUCGUCAUUUUGAUUAUGAGACUCGUAGAUGCAGACGAGCUCACCGGUCUGUGCUACGUUGGGAACCAGAACCUAGACGCUCUGACGGGCUUUGUCGUCGCUCCGCUUUUUACCUACCUGGUCAUUGGGACUUUAUUCAUUGCAGCGGGACUGGUGGCCUUAUUUAAAAUUAGGUCUAAUCUUCAGAAAGAUGGAACUAAAACUGACAAACUGGAAAGGCUGAUGGUCAAAAUCGGUGUCUUUUCAGUCCUGUACACCGUCCCAGCAACCUGUGUCAUCGCCUGUUAUUUCUACGAAAUCUCCAACUGGGCCAUUUUCCGCUAUUCAGCAGAUGAUUCCAAUAUGGCAGUGGAGAUGCUCAAAAUCUUCAUGUCCCUCCUGGUGGGUAUUACAUCGGGUAUGUGGAUCUGGUCAGCCAAAACUCUGCACACGUGGCAGAAGUGCUCAAACAGACUGGUGAACUCAGGGAAAGUGAAACGGGAGAAGAGAGCAGAUGGUUGGGUGAAACCUGGGAAGGGGAACGAGACGGUGGUAUGAGAAAAGGACGACCCCGCCAUGGUCCGAGUGCUGUCCCGGGAAGGACUGGUCGUGUGUGAGCAUUGCUGUGUAAAUGUUGGGAGUAGAGUAGGGAGACGGUUACACAACCUGUCUCCGAGGGAUGGAAAAAAAAAGCCUUAAAGAAUAAACAGCAAAAAGAUCAUGCUGCAGAUACAAUAGCCAUAAGUCAUGCUGCCCAAAAUAGGAAAGCCCAGGGAGGCUUUAAAAGCUGUGAAAUAUCCAAACACGUUAUCUUCCUUUUUUUUUCAAAGCAGGAUGCAAUAUACUGAAGUCUUCAGAAGCUGAGGGACUGUAGCCCACAGCUGGGGCACGUUGUUUUCUUUCCAUCGUCUUACAGCUGAUGGAGGAAAUGCGGUCCAGGGCCAAAUCCUGGGCCGAUUUAGGGUCCGGUUGCCAGAAGAUGGAGCACCCAGGACCUCAGUUAGGUGUCAUCUUUGCGAGUUCAGCGUCGUGAAGGACGCGCUUGCUGAGGGUUGUGUCUUUAUGCCCUGGGGAAUUCUGUUGCUCCCAAAUGCUGCACAAGUCAGCCAUGGAUCGCGUCCUCCAACAGAUACCAAGGGGGCUUUGCAGGUCUGAGCGUUACCCGUGAUGAGUAGGAUUUAGUGAGGUAUUGGUGAGGGUGUUUCUAUAAGUAAUCUGAUGGUCUAAUAAUAAUUUCGACUCGUUCUUUUUACCAUCUGUAGCCUGGUCUGAAUUGAAAGCUGACUCUGCCUUGUAGGAAUUUGGACCUCCCUAGGUCCCUUCCCGCCUGAAUCAUUCUGUGGUUCUAUCAAUAUUUCUAUUUUUUUGAAAGCUUUACUCAAGGCCACUGUCAGAAGUAGAGGAGUCAGUGGGAGCCGGGAGACUGUGAUGGUCUUCUGCAUCAAUUAUCGUUAUCCGCCUGCCUCCAUCCCUCUCCCUUCAGGUGCUCCUGCUAUUUGCAGUGAACUACUUUAUUCUGCUGCUUUUAAGAGCCUUAAAUAAAGUCUUACAUUGUGGUGUUCCUUCCUCCAGGAAAGAGAAAAA